AUGGCCGGAAAGAGAGUUUGUUUAACUAUUUGGGAUACGGCUGGUCAGGAGAGAUUCCAUGCACUUGGACCAAUUUAUUAUAGAGGAUCACAAGGUGCACUGGUAGUAUAUGAUAUUACAGAUAAUGAUUCAUUUAUAAAAGCAAAGAAUUGGAUUAAAGAGUUGAAAGCCAUGUUGGGUAAUGAGAUUGUAUUAUGUAUAAUUGGAAAUAAGUGUGACUUGGAAAAGACUAGAGUGAUCCCAUUGGAGGAGGCAGAGGCAUACGCGCAAUCAGUAGGUGCCAAACAUUAUAGUACAUCAGCUAAAUUGAACAAAGGAGUCGAAGAACUGUUCUUGGAUUUAACAAAGAGAAUGUUAUCAAAAAGUACAGUUAGCACAUCAGGAUCAUCGAAUCAAUCUUCAACCACUUCAAACAGACAAGAAAGAAUUCCAAUUGUGCCUGAAGAUUCAUCAAAUAAACAAGAAGGAUGUUGCAAAUAG